GUCUUUAAAGCCUCCAGGGACAAUAAGCCUCACCACAUCUUCGAAGAGGAGGACGCUUUGAUGCUGAGCUAUCCGAUGCUGCCGUCGCCUUCACUGCUUCGUGAUGGUUCUCUGGAGUGGAGAGGCGAAGGGAAAGAACAUCCCUGCUGGCUUCUUUGUGCCGCCGCCGGCUGAGCUGGAUGGCGACUGGAGAAAGCAGGUCAUAUUUUUUCCUUGUUCUUCAUCAUCUCGUGGGGCCUUCCAGAUCUUCCUCCCCCUCUGCCGACUCCUGGAAGUGAAACUAUAUCACCUGAAGGUGUGGCAAGAAAAGAGGUCCAGCCGCAGCCAGCCUCGCCUCGCCAGGAUCGCAGCAGCAGCAGCAGCAGCAGCAGCCGCCCAGCAGCCUCCCUCCCUCCCUCCCGGGCGCUGGGAUGCGUCUUCCUCCCCGGGGCGCAGCGUCCAGCUUGGAGUGUCUCGAGGCGCGUGGAGCGGCGGCAUCGGCACCAUGGCUCGCUUCGGAGAGGAGCUGCCCAGCCGCUAUGGGGGCGGCGGAGGAGCGGGGCCCGGCGGGCCGCCGGGGGGCGGCGGCGGCGGAGGGGGCCCCGGCGGAGCGGGCCGCGGCAGCAGUCGCCAAGGAGGGCCCCCCGGCCAGCCCGGCCAGCGGGCCGUCUACAAGCAGUCCAAGGCCCAGCGGGCUCGGACCAUGGCCCUCUACAACCCCAUCCCCGUCAAGCAGAACUGCUUCACCGUCAACCGCUCCCUCUUCGUCUUCAGCGAGGACAACGUGAUACGCAAAUACGCCAAGCGCAUCACCGAGUGGCCUCCAUUUGAAUACAUGAUUUUGGCGACCAUUAUAGCUAAUUGUAUUGUUCUGGCGUUGGAGCAACAUUUACCGGAUGGAGACAAGACACCCAUGUCAGAGAGACUGGAUGACACGGAGCCAUACUUUAUUGGAAUAUUUUGCUUUGAAGCUGGCAUCAAGAUCAUCGCGCUGGGGUUUGUUUUUCACAAAGGUUCCUAUCUCCGGAACGGCUGGAAUGUCAUGGAUUUUGUUGUGGUCCUCACAGGGAUUCUGGCCACAGCUGGGACCCAGUUUGACCUCCGGACUCUGAGAGCCGUGCGGGUUUUGAGGCCGCUGAAGCUUGUCUCGGGAAUCCCAAGUUUGCAGGUUGUCCUCAAGUCCAUCAUGAAAGCGAUGGUGCCUCUCCUCCAGAUCGGCCUCCUCCUGUUCUUCGCCAUUGUGAUGUUUGCCAUCAUCGGACUGGAGUUCUACAUGGGCAAGUUUCACAAGGCCUGCUUCUCCAAUGAAACAGGCGAGCGGGUGGGGGAUUUCCCCUGCGGAGCAGAGCCGCCUGCCAGGAGCUGCCUCGAAGGGACGUGCCAAGAAUACUGGGAAGGCCCCAACUUCGGGAUCACCAACUUCGACAACAUCCUCUUUGCCGUCCUCACGGUCUUCCAGUGCAUCACCAUGGAGGGGUGGACGGACAUCCUUUACAAUACUAAUGAUGCAGCAGGGAAUAUGUGGAACUGGCUUUAUUUCAUUCCUCUGAUCAUCAUUGGCUCCUUCUUCAUGCUCAAUCUGGUCCUGGGUGUCUUGUCAGGCGAGUUUGCCAAAGAACGAGAGCGGGUCGAGAACCGCCGGGCCUUCCUGAAACUCCGGAGACAGCAGCAGAUCGAGAGGGAACUCAACGGCUACUUGGAGUGGAUCUUUAAGGCAGAGGAGGUGAUGCUAGCUGAGGAAGACAAGAACGCGGAAGAGAAAUCCCCUCUGGAUGUGCUGAAAAGGGCCACAAUAAAGAAAAGCAAGAACGAUCUAAUCCAUGCGGAAGAGGGUGAAGACCACUUCACAGAUGUUUGCUCCGUGGGGUCCCCCUUUGCCCGGGCCAGCCUGAAGAGCAGCAAGAACGAGAGCUCCUCCUACUUCCGCCGGAAGGAGAAGAUGUUCCGCUUCUUCAUCCGGCGCAUGGUGAAAGCCCAGAGCUUCUACUGGAUGGUCCUCUGCGUCGUGGCCCUCAACACCUUGUGCGUCGCCAUCGUGCACUACGACCAGCCGGAGGGACUCACCACCGCGCUCUAUUUUGCGGAGUUUGUUUUCCUGGGCCUCUUUCUUACCGAGAUGACCCUGAAGAUGUAUGGAUUGGGGCCGAGGAAUUAUUUCCACUCCUCGUUCAACUGCUUUGACUUUGGGGUGAUUGUGGGGAGCAUCUUUGAAGUCAUCUGGGCGGCCGUGAAGCCAGGCACCUCCUUCGGCAUCAGCGUGUUGCGAGCUCUUCGGCUGCUGAGGAUUUUCAAAGUCACCAAGUACUGGAACUCCCUGAGGAACCUGGUCGUCUCCUUGCUGAACUCCAUGAAGUCCAUUAUCAGUUUGCUCUUCCUCCUCUUCCUCUUCAUCGUCGUCUUCGCUUUGCUGGGCAUGCAGCUCUUCGGAGGACAAUUUCAUUUCAACGAUGAAACACCAACCACCAACUUCGAUACUUUCCCCACUGCCAUUCUAACUGUAUUUCAGAUCCUGACGGGGGAAGAUUGGAACGCAGUGAUGUACCAGGGGAUCGAAUCCCAAGGGGGUGUCCACUCAGGGAUGUUCUCCUCGGUCUACUUCAUUGUCCUGACGCUCUUCGGUAACUACACCCUCCUGAAUGUCUUCUUGGCCAUCGCUGUGGACAACCUCGCCAACGCACAAGAGCUGACCAAGGACGAAGAGGAGAUGGAAGAGGCCACGAACCAGAAACUCGCCCUGCAGAAGGCCAAGGAGGUAGCAGAUGUCAGUCCCCUCUCGGCAGCUAACAUUUCCAUAGCAGCUUUUGUAAAGCAAACUCGAGCUACUGUCUCUCGCAGCUCUUCAGUCACCAGCGUAAAUUCACCCAAACAGCAGAAUGCCUCCAAGUCCAAGUCUGUGUGGGAGCAGCGCACCAGCCAGAUCCGAAUGCACAACUUCCGGACCAGCUGCGAAGCGCUGUACAACGAGCUGGACCCGGAGGACAGAGUGCGCUACGCGACCAACCUUCACAUCCGCCCGGACAUGAAGACUCACUUGGACCGCCCCCUGGUGGUGGAGACGAGGACCGAAGGCCGCAACAACAACGGCAGUAAGCUGAGUCCCGGGGACGUGCAGGAGGAAGGGGCGGAGCCCGCGAAGGCCCCUCCGGCCGAGAGCACCGAGGGGCCACGGAAGCACCACCGGCACCGAGAGAAGGACAAGGCCGGUGAGCAGGAGAAGAGCACCGCGCCCAAGGAAGAGAAUGGCGAAUCUGGAACGAACCACAAAGAGGAACGCCACCGGGCGCACCGGAGCCGCAGCAAAGAGGGCGAGGGCGGUGGCAAGGAAGGGAAGAGUGAGCGCAACAAGGGCCCGGAAGGCGGCCGAAGGCACCACCGCCGCGGGUCGGUGGAGGAGGGAGCCGAGCGGGAGCACAGGCGCCACCGCGGCCACCGGCACUCGGCCGAGCGGCAAGCCAAAGAAGGCAACGGGGCCGUCAACGGCACCAAGACGGAGCGCCGCUCAAGGCACCGGGGAGGAUCCCGGCCCGGGAACCGGGAAGGCGACCCGGGCUCCAAAGGAGAGGGCGGGGACGAGCCCCACAGGCGGCACAAGAUGCGGCACAAGGCCCUCUCGACCUACGAGUCGGUGGACAAGGAGAAUGGGGAGAAGGAGGGGGAGCCGGGAGAGAAGGAGCUGAGGAACCACCAGCCGAGGGAAGGCCAGUGUGACGCAGAGCCCUGUGGGGACAUGAGUGUUGCUCCCCUGCACACCCUGCCCAGCACCUGCCUGCAGAGAGUCCUAGAGCAGCCGGAAGACGCCGACAACCAGAAGAACGUCACCCUCAUGGGCCAGCCGCCCCUGGACGCCCCUGCUGUCAACAUUCCAGUCACCAUCACUGCCCCCCCAGUGGAGUCUGCUGUCAUACCAAUGAACAACGUUGAAUUUGAAGCUAAGACAGAAGAGAAGAAAGACAUGGGUGCAGACGAUGACUUGACCAAAAACGGACCGAAACCAAUCCUGCCUUACAGCUCAAUGUUCAUCCUGAGUCCUACCAACCCAAUCCGCCGCCUGUGCCAUUACAUCGUGAACAUGCGCUACUUUGAGAUGGUCAUCCUCAUGGUCAUUGCGCUCAGCAGCAUCGCCCUGGCUGCUGAAGACCCGGUCCAGGCUGAGUCGCCAAGGAAUGAGGCUCUCAAGUACCUGGAUUAUAUAUUCACAGGUGUCUUUACAUUUGAGAUGGUGAUAAAGAUGAUCGACCUGGGCCUUCUGCUUCAUCCCGGCUCCUAUUUUCGUGACCUCUGGAACAUCCUGGACUUUAUUGUGGUCAGUGGGGCUCUUGUGGCCUUCGCCUUUUCAGGGAACAAAGGGAAGGAUAUCAACACCAUCAAGUCCCUGCGAGUUCUGAGGGUCCUUCGGCCGCUGAAGACCAUCAAACGCCUGCCCAAGUUAAAGGCUGUCUUUGACUGCGUGGUGAAUUCUCUGAAGAACGUACUGAACAUCCUCAUUGUUUACAUGCUCUUCAUGUUCAUCUUUGCUGUCAUUGCCGUCCAGCUCUUCAAAGGCCGGUUCUUUUACUGCACCGAUGAGUCAAAGGACCUGGAGAAGGACUGCAGGGGCCAAUAUCUGGAUUACGAGAAGGACGAGGUGGAAGCACAGCCCAGGCAAUGGAAGAAAUACGAAUUCCACUAUGACAACGUCCUCUGGGCUCUCUUGACCCUGUUCACUGUCUCCACUGGAGAGGGGUGGCCGACGGUUCUGAAGCAUUCCGUUGACGCGACGUACGAGAAUCAAGGCCCGAGCCCCGGGUACCGAAUGGAGAUGUCCAUCUUCUACGUGGUCUAUUUCGUGGUCUUCCCUUUCUUCUUUGUGAACAUCUUUGUGGCUUUAAUUAUCAUCACCUUCCAGGAGCAGGGCGACAAAGUCAUGUCCGAAUGCAGCCUGGAAAAAAACGAGAGAGCCUGCAUAGACUUCGCCAUCAGCGCCAAGCCUCUGACGCGCUACAUGCCGCAGAACAAGCAGUCGUUCCAGUACAAGAUGUGGAAGUUUGUGGUCUCGCCCCCUUUCGAGUACUUCAUCAUGGUCAUGAUAGCACUCAACACCAUUGUGUUGAUGAUGAAGUUCUACGACGCCCCUAGUCCAUACGAAGAAAUGCUGAAAUGCCUCAACAUUGUGUUUACGUCCAUGUUUUCUUUGGAAUGUGUGCUGAAGAUCAUUGCCUUUGGAGCCCUGAAUUAUUUCCGUGAUGCCUGGAACAUCUUUGAUUUUGUCACGGUCUUGGGAAGUAUUACUGAUAUUUUAGUAACGGAGAUUGCGGACAAUUUCAUCAACCUCAGCUUCCUCCGGCUCUUCCGGGCAGCCCGGCUCAUCAAGCUUCUUCGCCAGGGAUACACCAUCCGGAUCCUGCUCUGGACCUUUGUCCAGUCUUUCAAGGCCUUACCAUAUGUGUGUCUUCUCAUUGCAAUGCUUUUCUUCAUCUAUGCCAUCAUUGGCAUGCAGGUAUUUGGAAACAUUGCGCUGAAUGACGAAACUGCCAUCAACCGACACAACAACUUUCAAACGUUCUUGCAAGCCUUGAUGCUGCUCUUCCGGAGUGCCACCGGAGAAGCCUGGCACGAGAUCAUGCUGGCCUGUUUGAGCAACCAAGCCUGCGAGGCCCUCUCCAAGCUCAGCAAGAACGAGUGCGGCAGUGACUUUGCCUACUUCUACUUCGUCUCCUUCAUCUUCCUCUGCUCCUUCCUGAUGUUGAACCUCUUUGUGGCUGUAAUCAUGGACAACUUUGAGUACUUGACACGCGACUCUUCCAUCCUAGGACCCCACCACCUCGAUGAGUUCAUUCGCAUUUGGGCAGAAUAUGACCCUGCUGCCUGUGGGCGCAUCAGUUACACGGACAUGUAUGAGAUGUUGAGGCACAUGUCCCCGCCACUAGGUCUGGGAAAGAAAUGUCCUGCACGUGUGGCCUAUAAGCGCCUGGUGCGGAUGAAUAUGCCGAUCUCAAACGACGACUUGAGUGUCCACUUCACCUCAACGCUGAUGGCCUUGAUCCGGACUGCCUUGGAAAUCAAACUUGCAUCUGGAGUCUUGCAGCACCAGUGUGAUGCUGAACUGAGGAAGGAGAUCUCACUGGUUUGGCCCAACCUGUCCCCAAAGACUCUGGACCUCUUGGUCCCCCCUCACAAACCUGAGGCAAUGACCGUGGGGAAGGUCUACGCAGCUCUCAUGAUAUUUGACUUCUACAAGCAGAAUAAGAACACCCGGGAUCCGGCCCACCCUGCCCCAGGAGGCCUUCGCCCGACAGGAACCGUCUCUCUUUUCCAACCGUUGAAAGCAGCCCUCGAGCAAAGCCAGCCCGUCUUCCCCAACGCUUUUCUCCGUCAAAAGAGCUCCGCUUCUCUCAACAACGGGGGUGCCUUACCGACGCCGGAGGGAGGAGGGAUCAAGGAGUCGGUUUCGUGGGGAACUCAACGGACUCAAGACGUGUUUUACGAAACCAGGACACCAGCAUUUGUGCGAGGGCGCUCGGAGGAAAUUCCCAUCGAACAGACAAGCAAACAGGUUGUAGAAAUGCGAGAGAUCAGCCCAACCCUGGCCAACGGCGAGCAGAAGCCUGGCCUGGAGAGCCAGGGCCGGGCCGCUUCCAUGCCACGCUUGGCGGCUGAAACUCAGCCCAUCCCGGACACGAGCCCCAUGAAGCGCUCCAUCUCCACGCUGAACCCGCAGCGUCCCCACGCCACACACCUCUACGAACAUUCCCGGCCAGUGGAGCACACCCACCACCAUCACCAUCACCGCUGCCACCGGCGGAAAGAGAGGAAGCAGAAGUCGGUUGACAAGCCACCCAACCACCUGGCCGACGGUGAUGCUCCUGGCGAAGCCGCGUCCAAGGCCAAGAAGCAGGAGCGGGGCCGGUCCCAAGAACGGAAGCUUCACUCCUCGUCCUCCUCCGAAAAGCAGCGCUUCUACUCCUGUGAUCGAUACGGGAGCCGAGACCACUCCCAGCCCAAGUCGUCCGAGCACAGCCGGCCCACCUCCCCCAGCGGGGGACAGGAGCCCGGGGCACAGAAACCGGGCAGUGGUUCAGUUAAUGGGAGCCCCUUGCUGUCAACCUCUGGGACUAGCACCCCGUGCCGCGGUCGGAGGCAGCUGCCGCAGACGCCGCUGACCCCUCGCCCCAGCAUCACGUACAAGACGGCCAACUCCUCGCCCGUCCACUUCUCCAGUUUCCAGACUGGCUUGCCGACCUUCUCCCCGGGCCGCUUGAGCCGGGGUUUGUCUGAGCACAACGCCUUGCUGCAUGGAGAUGCCCAGGGCCCCUCUCAGCCCCUGAUGGCCCGGAUCGGCUCGGAUCCUUACCUGGGGCACCGGGAAGACAGUGACAGUCCGCAUCAUGUUGUGCCCGAGGACACGCUUACGUUUGAGGAGGCCAUGGCCACUAAUUCGGGAAGAUCCUCUCGGACAUCCUACGUCUCCUCUUUGACUUCCCAGUCCCACCAAAUUCGCCGAGUCCCCAAUGGGUACCAUUACACCUUGGGCCUCAGCGCCGGGCCCGGGACCAGCACCAGAGCACGUAGCUAUUAUCAGGAACGGGACAAAGAUGAUUGGUGCUAACAGAAAAGGGACCUGGUCUUUGCACACUGGCGGUCGAUGAGUUUUAUCAUCCAGAAAGCUACGGUGGGUGAGCACUCGGCCCCGUGGCGUCGGGGUAGCGGGGACGUGGCAAGCAAGACGUGCCUCCUUGCGAUAACCCUGCCCAGAAGACUGCCUUGAGUGCACGCACAAUGCCAACAGAGACGCCCCCUGCUCCUCCCACUCUUGGCAGCCUGGCCUCUCCUCUUGCACUAGAGAGCUCUUGGUCAGUCCUGAAGGGUCAUUCUUUGGAAGGAGAUCCUGCUCUGCUCCUUACUGCCUCGUCCGGGUCGACGACGCCCCGUCAUCAGAUGACAAAGUGGGAACUCGUGCAAAGAACUUGAACUUGGGUCAGCUGAUCUUUUGGGGACUGGAGUCUUUGCACAGUUUUGGAGGAGCGGGGGGACCGGGGAACACAGGGACCCUCUUGUACAAAAAAAUAGGCCUCUCGUUUAUCUUGCCCACACUUGAAGUGGGGAGGAUCCAGCUGGACGUUGGACUUGAUAUUUGGCAGCAGCCAAUGGCGCCAGAACCGGAACCAUCCAGCAGACAAAAGCUCCAUUUUGUCGUCUGUGACUCCUUUUCUUUGUGUGUCUGUUUCCACUGUGGGGGGCGGGGUCCUUCACAUUGACAUUUUGGGGAAGCCCCCCGCCCGCCAUCCUGAGGAGAGCUAAUUCUUUGGGCAUGGAUGGUGUCCAGGCUGACGCUCCUGCUGCUAACUUCUUACGUUUUCUCCGUCGGAAUGCAAGAUGCCCCUUCCCCGUCCCGUCUUGUUUACAGUCUCAUCUCGAGAGAAGAAAAGGGGGUGCGGGGGAAGGGGUGGCGGUGCAGGGCAGGUGAAGGAAGUGUGUCGUUGGUUUUAUAUCCCGAGCUGUUAGAUAAACUUUAACUUUU